AUGGCUGUGGUUGAUGCUAACCUGAGUUUUGUUGUAAUUGAUGUCGGAGCUUAUGGAAGAGAAUUGGAUUCAAACGUAUUCAAAGAAUGUCCAUUUGGCAAAAAACUAUAUUCUGGUCAGCUUAAUAUACCAGAACCUGUAUACUUGCCUAAUACCCAAAACGUUGUACAACCAUAUGUAUUUGUAGCAGACGAGGCAUUUGCACUCCAUAAAAAUUUACUAAGGCCAUACCCAGGACGAGGCCUUACUGACAAACGUCGAAUUUUUAACUACAGGCUCUCUAGAGCUAGACGAACUGUGGAAAGAGGCAUUUGA